CACACAGGCACGCCCCUUUUGUUGUAUUUACGUUCUACGUUUGAGGACUUCUUCCGUGUUGGAUCUCAAAAUUUAGUCCCCUCAAAAUCGAUCUGCAAUGGGCGACUCCGAGGCCAAAGGUCACGCACUGAUGGCUGAAGCGCGAGCCAAGCUGCAAAAGUCAACAGGCUUUCUAUCCUUCAUAUUUGGCGGCUCUGCCAAAGUUGAAGAGGCGGUGGAAUGUUACCAGCGGGCAGGCAAUAUGUUCAAGAUGGCCAAGAAAUGGAACGAGGCUGGGAAAGCGUUCUGCGAGGCUGCAAGUCUUCACGCAAAAGCUGGCAGCAAGCACGACUCGGCCACAAAUUUUGUAGACGCAGCCAAUUGUUUCAAAAAGGCGGAUGCCAAUGAAGCCGUCAACUGCCUCUCUAAGGCCAUCGAAAUCUACACGGACAUGGGCAGGUUCACCAUGGCCGCCAGACACCAUCAGUCCAUCGCAGAGAUUUACGAAACAGAGGCACCCGACUUGGAGGCUGCUACUCGGCAUUAUGAGCAAGCUGCUGAUUAUUUCAGGGGUGAGGAAUCCAACUCGUCGGCUAACAAGUGCGUCCUGAAAGUGGCUCAGUAUGCAGCCCAAUUGGCUGAUUACGAAAAAGCCAUCUCGAUUUAUGAACAGGUGGCUGCUUCGUCGCUCGAGAGCUCUCUGCUCAAGUAUUCAGCCAAGGAGUACUUCUUCAGGGCAGGCCUCUGUCACCUUUGCGUUGAUAUCCUUAACGCUCAGCUUGCGCUUGAACGCUACAUCCAACAGUACCCUGCUUUCCAGGACUCUCGGGAGUACAAACUUAUCAAGGUCCUGAUGGAGCACAUGGAAGAGCAAAACGUAGAUGGGUUCACAGAGGCAGUCAAAGAUUACGACUCGGUGUCUAGGUUUGAUCAGUGGUACACCACCAUCCUGUUACGAAUCAAGAAAACGGUGCAAGACAACCCUGACUUGUGCUAAUCCCACUGCAUUCCUCAGCUUUAUUAUUUUAUAUUUUUGUUGUACAUAUAUUUAAGGAAUUCCUCUAUUGCAAGUAAGAAAACUUAAGGCGAGAGAAAAAAAUGUAAGCGAUGAAAAGAACACAACCUUAACUUCUAUUAUUUUUUGUUUGCCAAUCCUCUUGGUGUACAUAAUGAGAUUGAUUAAAUUUAAAAACAAAAAUAUAUCAAUUAAACACACAAAAAAACUUGUAACAAUGUUAGUUAAGAAAUUAUAUGAUGGGAAGGAUAUUUGAGAGAGCGCAAGAGCAUCGAGUCAAUUUUGCUCUGCAGAGCACUGGAUAUGUAAAUUUAUGGUCAUCAUUAUUAUUUAAAGAAAAUACCGUCAAGUUCUUUGUUUGACAAAAAAAUAAACCAAACCAGUUACAAUAUUUA